CUUUGAACUUUUAUUUUGUUUUAGAUGGGAGAACUUAAGAAAUUGGUCGAAGAAGGAAAAAUAAACUACAUUGGACUGUCUGAGGCUUCUGCAUCAACAAUCAGGAGGGCACAUGCUGUUCACCCAAUAACUGCCGUGCAACUGGAAUGGUCUUUGUGGACAAGAGAUGUCGAAGAAGUUAUAAUUCCUACUUGCAGAGAACUCGGUAUAGGCAUUGUUGCAUACUGUCCACUGGGAGGGGGCUUCUUUUCUUCUGGACCAAAGAUGGUUGAAACUCUGUCUGAACAUGAUUUCCGUAAGCUCAUGCCUAGGUUUCAGCCUGAGAAUCUCGCUCAAAAUGCACUUAUCUUCAAACGUGUAAGCGAAAUGGCCAAGAGGAAGGGAUGCACCCCUUCACAACUUGCAUUGGCCUGGGUUCACCAUCAAGGAAGUGAUGUGUGCCCUAUACCUGGCACUACCAAGAUCGAAAACUUUAACCAGAAUAUUGGAGCACUGUCAGUAAAACUCACACCUGAGGAAAUGGCUGAACUUGAAUCAUAUGCUUCGGCAGAUGCUGUGAAGGGUGAUAGGUAUGAUGCUGCAAUGAAUACAUGGAGAACGUCCGACACUCCUCCCUUAUCCUCGUGGAAAGGUGAACGAACAUCUUCCAUAUGUUCUUGAAUGGUUGUUGUGUGAUUUGCAUGAAAAUGAACUCCCUAGGAGGCUUUUGCUCGA